AUGUCACUGCAAAAUGAAACAGCUGUGAAUGGACAACAAAUAAGUGACUUAUUUGCAAAAUACUUUCAUUCCACAUUUUCCUCUCCGUACGGUAAUUUUCAUGCUGGUCAUAUGACUAUUAAAGAGUUAAACAUUCCGAACUCAGUUAGUUUGAAUACCAUAUGUAUUAAUAAAACUAAAAUCAAUAAAUUACUUAAGUCAUUGGAUCUCAACAAAUCGGGUGGGCCGGAUCUUAUACCACCUAUUUUUAUAGUUAAUUGUUGCAAAGAGCUUUCGGAACCUCUGUUCAUUCUCUUUAAGCGAUCGAUAGCUGAAGGUGUUGUUCCCAAAAUUUGGAAGCAGGCAUACAUCACACCUGUUCAUAAAAAAGGGAACACCACAAAAAUAGAAAAUUACCGGCCUAUAUCAAAACUAUGUUUAUUUGCUAAAGUAUUUGAAAAGGUAGUAUAUCAACAAGUGUACAAUUCUAUUUCCCCUAUACUUAGCGAUGCCCAACAUGGAUUUCUUAUAAAAAGAUCAACUGUUACUAAUCUGAUCCUUACAAAUAAUUACAUUUCAAAAGGUAUGGACAUUGGACUCCAAGUUGACUGUGUUUAUACUGACUACAGUAAAUGUUUCGAUCGAAUAGAUCAUCAAAUCCUUUUAAAAAAAUUGGCAAUGUCAGGUAUACAUGGAGAUCUUCUGCGAUGGUUCUCCUCUUAUAUUGAAAAUAGGUCACAAGCAGUAGUGCUUAAUGGGUUUAUGUCCACUUGGCUACCGGUUCCUUCAGGCGUACCUCAAGGCUCUCUGUUGGGCCCCCUACUAUUUAUUAUCUUUGUGAACGAUAUAGAGAAGUGUUUCUUGUACUCCAAAGUACUCUCAUAUGCUGAUGAUAUGAAAAUACUUAAAUUCAUCUCUAGCACAGAUGAUACUAUGUUAUUGCAAUCAGACUUGGAAAGAUUUGAAACAUACUGCAAUAUAAAUAAACUAGAUUUAAAUGUAUCUAAAUGUUUUUUUGUGUCCUUUACAAGGAAAAGCGAUACAAUCAAUGGCGGCUAUCACUUGAAGGGUACCUCUUUGGCUAGAGUAUAUGAAGCUUGUGAUCUUGGAAUAAUUCAAGGUUCUAAACUUAUCUAUGACAAGCAUAUAUCUAGCAUUAUAACUAGGGCAUUAAAGCCAUGGGACUUGUCAUCCGCUGUUAUUGUGCCUUCAACAGCCUAA